UGACAUGUCUGGUGUAAACAUUUGUACAUAUGUAGGCACCUGCUCAGCUGUUUGGGUUGGAGGAUUUUAGUUUGCUCGCAAGAUCUCACUGCAAUCAACAAAUUAAGCCCAACAACAUGGACGUGAUUUCUCCUCAAGUUGUGUGGGCUGGUACACGGUGUUAUCGUGUCAAUCAUACAAAAGCAAUAGAGCGCCAAGAGAAGAUCUGCCAUCAGCCACAAAUAUAUGUGGAAGAGGAUGCGUACGGUGAGGACGACCGUGAAGAGCCAUACGACAUUGAAGUGACCAACAACGGCAAAUAUCAAACAUCUUUUCAUGUGCCGUCAGCGUUAUAUGCAAUGAUCAUAGGUGUGAAAGGGCAAACUCGUCAAAGAUUGGAAACUGAAACGAAGGCGGUGAUACGUGUACCCAAACAAGGAACUACAGGUGACAUAGUGGUUACAGGCAGUUCAAGAAAAUCGGUAGUUGCUGCACGAUCCCGGAUCGAACUGAUCGUAAUAGGGGCACGAAAUAAACAACAAUUCACUCAUUUCCUUUCCGUGCCACUGAACGUAUCAGAGGUGAUUAAACGGUUCCUCGAUUUUCGCCAUAAAGUCGUCAAUAACCUCCCCCGGGCAUUCACCGUUGAUGAGUCUCUUUUCCAACAACCGGAAAAAUUACACAUAACUCUAUGUACGAUGAGCCUGAUGGAUAAUGAGGAUAGAGCCAAUGCGGCACAACUAUUGCUUGACUGUUAUGAAUCGAUUGUAAGCACAAUAAUUAAAAAAAACGGCCCGCUACUGAUUCGAAUGAAAGGAUUAGAGUACAUGAACGAUGAUCCACAUAGUGUAGAUGUGCUUUAUGCCAAAAUCGAAUCACCGGCAUUGCAAACAGCUGCUGAUCAAAUUUACGAAUAUUUUAUAGCAAAGGGUUUGAUGCAAAGGAAGUACGAGCAAGUGAAACUGCAUGCCACUUUAAUCAAUUCGCUAUUCCGUGUAUCUCAGACAGAAAUCGUCAAUGAGAAAGAAGUAGAACGGAAGCGUAUUACGUUCGAUGCUAGUGAAAUACUGCGACUUUAUGGAGAAUUUGAUUUUGGUAGUUUGGUUCUGAAUGAAAUUCACCUUUCUCAACGUUUUUCCACUUCCUUUACAGGUUAUUAUGUAGCUACGGCUAUUAUGAAACUCUAAACGACAAUAAUGAAUAAAAUAAAUAAAUAAAUAUAUAUAGAGACCAGAAACCAUAAGAAUAAAACGUUAAAAGCAGACAAGAUCGCCAAUUGCUUAUUCUC